AUCUCUCACGCCUCAUUACGGAGGGAGUCGCCGGUGCGCGCUCUCGCGUUGCUUUGCGCACAGACCGCGAGCGCAUCUGCACGCGUUAAUGCGCGCGAGGGAGACGCUCGUGCGCUGGAGAAAAAUCCCGAAGACAAACGGCGAGGAGGAGAGGGAAGCUGGAUUGGUGCGCACCACGGACAGCGCACGACAUGGCCUCCGCAUAGGAACCCGGACGCCGCCGCUGCAGGGUGCGAAAAGACUAAGGCCAGACUGAGAGAAGAAGAAGAGAGACAUCAGAAGAAUCUAUCAUGGCAGUAGAGGAGAAGCCAGCUGUGAAGGGCAGCACUUCCAUUGUGCCGUGUUUUCUGUUCGUGGAGCUGGUGAUCAUGGCAGGCACCGUUCUCCUGGCGUACUACUUCGAGUACACCGACACGUUCCCCGUGCACGUCCAGGGCUUCUUCUGCUUCGAUAAGGCGUUCUCCAAACCCUACCCCGGACCGGAUGAGACCGGUAACGUGCCCCCGGUGCUGGUGUACUCUCUGGUCGCCGCUGUACCUACAUUGACGAUUCUGGCUGGAGAGCUGAUGGUGUUUUUCAUGAGGUCAGAGGUCACGCAGGAGAAGACCAUAGUCACAGCGGACUGCUGUUACUUCAGCCCGCUGCUGAGACGCAUCAUACGCUUCUUAGGUGUCUAUACCUUCGGCCUGUUCACCACCACCAUCUUUGCCAAUGCCGGACAGGUGGUGACAGGAAAUCAGACGCCUCACUUCCUGUCGGCAUGCAGACCAAACUACACAGCGCUGGGCUGCCAUUCCAACCUCCAGUACAUCACCGAGCGCAAAGCCUGCACGGGAAACCCGCUCAUCGUGGCGUCCGCACGCAAAUCUUUCCCCUCUAAAGACGCAGCCCUCAGUGUUUAUUCAGCAGUUUACACCGUCAUGUAUGUGACAUUGGUGUUCAAAACGAAAGGGACACGUUUGACCAAACCCACGCUCAGUCUGACCAUGUUGUGUCUGGCCAUGUUGGUGGGCGUGGUCCGAGUGGCCGAAUACCGCAACCACUGGGCCGACGUCGUGGCUGGAUAUUUCACCGGUGGAGCCAUCGCUGUCUUCCUGGUGACGUGCGUGAUCAACAACUUCCAGCAGACGAAACCUCCGGCCCCGCCGGCGCGACCCCAGCGUCCCGAAUCCGUGCUGGGCGUGCCCAUGGUGGCGCUGCCCUGCGUCGAGAGUCCACUAGAAAAGUUAAGUGGCACUCAGACUCCAAGGGGAUCUUCAUUCACUGAGAUCACAUGACCAUCAGCCUUAUCGGUUCCCCGUCCCCCCCGAUGUCCUCAUACCGUCUCGCUCCAUGUCCAGCGAAGUCUAGACCAGCCGUCCCAGCACGCGCGCCACUGCGCCGCCCACUCUGCAGGACGCGUCGCCACCCUGCACCGGUCCUACUCGACGCAGGUCUAGAUUUCCACCCCCUCCAACCUCCAUCUCCAUAAUCCUCCAUGCCGCAGAUAGGGCCUCCACAAACCGCUCAAACAAACAGAGUCGCCCCAGAAAGCGUGCUUGAGGAUCUCGAUCCCCCGAAAGCCAAAAAUCUCGCUCCGGCCAGAGGAGGUGGGACCGUGGGUGGAGGAUGUGCACCUUUAGCGGCCUCUCAAAACCAACCCGUCCUUUUCCAGGGGAACCGAGUGACUUCUUGCACAGCUCGAAAUGCAGAACACUAAAGAGACUGCGAUUUGCAUUUCAGUGUCUGAACGUUCUGAUUCUUUUGAUGUUUAUUUUUUAAAUGGCAUGUCUUUGUUUUUAUUGAGUUUUUUAUCACAUCUUUUGGCUUUCGUGGUAGAUUUGUCAAUCGGUUUGUCGUUUUCCCUGAGAAGAACUGAAGAAGACAGUCUCACGCUGACGUCACGGAACUCUUUUGGCUAAAGAUCUCUAACGUCGCAGCCGUUCUGGUGGACGCUUCGGAAAGAGAAGAACACAUGCGAAAGACUCAACCUUUGUAAUAUUAAAUGUGUGGUUUGUGCUGUGAUUUCUCCGGCGGUCAGAUGUGAUAAGAGUGUGAUGUUGUGGCUUUUUCAUUGAUGUUUACUCGCACACAACGGACGUGUGACGUUCCUAAGCCUCAUGUGUACAAAAAGUCCAAUUCUCACAGACUUGAACACCUCUUCACUGCAUUUCCUCAUUUUUAAGUCGACCAACGAAACCUGUUCACCCAGUAUAAAUGAAAGGUUUCAGUCUGUCAUUACAGGUGGAUUUGUUUGUCAGGGCUCUCCUGUUUUUGCCAAGUGGCUGAUGUCCUUAGGGCAACAUCAUGUUGACCCUGGGACAACAUUUAAAUCAACCAAUCAGAUUUCAGAAAGAAGUUUACAGUUUAUUUUAAGUUUAAUCUUCCAACCAUUGUUUUUCACUUAUGAUUUCCCUCUGAUUUUAGGGGUAAGUUAUGGUUAGGGUUGGGGUUUGGUGUGGGUUUAGGUUUUAUUUAUAAAAAUGUUGUCCUUAGGUCAACAACCACUUGGCAAAAUCAGGUCGAGCAAAACAAGAAUGCCACCACGUGUAACAUUUGUAUCGGUUUCUAUUUGCACUUUUCCAAAAUGCAUUUAAUUUUGUCUUGUAUAGAGAGGAACUUUUUCACAUUGUGUCACCAUGCUUUAUGAAGCGUGUGAAGUGUCGUUUUAUAUGAAUGAUGUUAUUAAAAGAUCUUGUCAUUUUAUCGUCCCUGCUGUUGCAUAUAGUGCCGAACGCUUUGCAAUACAACAAAACAUAAUUUUAUACUUUAGAAGUUAUUUAAUUUCUUAAAAUACGUUUCUUAUUUUUAAAAUGUGUCCAUUUGGUCUGAUGUGAAUCAUGUACACAGCAACUGACAGUAGGUGUCCCAGGCAGCUAAAAUAGUCUUGUUUCACGACUGUAAUAUAUUUAUUUUUUACUCUUAAGGCCAUUGUUAGUCCACAAAAAUCCACAGAUGAAAUGUGUGUUCGUGCAAUGUAUUGUGCUUUAAAUCCUUUUAUUGA